GAGUGGUGCGAUCGCACCUGUCAAAGGUGUUCAGUCAAGAUAUCAUAUAGGUCCUCCCCAACCCAUAGCUCCAGAGGGUCGUCCUGUCCAGCAGCCCGGCGGCCCCAGCCGUUCUGAGCAUGACACAAUGGAGGACGAGCCCGAUAUUUUCGAAAAUAUGCCCCCAAAGGCCCCAACAGCCUGGUCCCAUCACAUGGAAAGAGGGCGCAAAUAGCAACAAACGUGCUGCCUACACAGGCCUCUCAGCUCCAUCCAAGGCUCGAAAGCUUUGCUCAGAAAGGAGGGCCCUCAAAGUCCACAAUUCGCCUGGCAUCAUGCAUUACCUGCAACCGAAAUGCGAUAGCAUCUCAUCAGAAUAUGAUACCGCACAAGCGACUGCCUCCACAGCUCUCGAACCCCUGGACGACGGUGACGAUAGCGCCCCCAACGAGCCACUUUUCACCCCGGAAAAGCUAGAGGCGGCCAUCGAAACACUCAAGGCCAUCACCAAGGUGAGAAUUACAAGCGAAAAGGACAAGAACAUCUCACUUUACAACUACCAGCGGUACACGUGCAUCCUCAAGUAUUUUCAGUUCAAGCUUCAAGGAAACGUCGACAGCGAUGCUGUGUUUUGCCAGAAUUUGGCAAAGGACAUCUUGGGGAGAAAGUCGCUCAAGUACUACAGUGCCCAGAUAAGAAAAUGGGCUGCAGCAUUCCUCACAGAAGGCGAGCUUCCCCCGGUUCGAACAGGGAAGCAUAGCAAAGUCAAGUCGCUCCUCGACGAGGAGGACAUACGUGAACAGUGCCUCCAGUACCUCAGAGGUGAUCCCAAACGCAACCCAAAGAGGCUUGCCAAGCACCUCAAUAAAGUCAUCCUGCCCAAGCUUCAGAGAAGCUCACCUUCGCAAACGAGCGAUCAAUCCGAUGAUCAAUCCAACGACGAAUCAAUCACUGUAUCUGAAACUACUGCAAGGACCUGGAUGGCGAGCUUAGGAUUCAGAUACAAGAAGGAUAGCAAGGGGAUAUAUAUGGACGGACACGAACGCCCUGAUGUGAGAAGAUAUAGAAAGAAGUACUUGAAGAAAAUGUUGAUGUACCGAAAGAGGAUGGUUCACUAUUCAGGCGAAACAAUGGAAAUUGAGAAUGGACCCUUUUGUACCAAAGGGAAACGAAUGGUCCUGGUGACGCACGACGAGUCCACAUUUUAUGCCAAUGAAGACACCGGUUUCUCUUUGUAUGGGCGGACGAUGCCCUCAGAGCUGAAAAAAUGCGCCUCAACUCUGGCGGAAAGCAACCCAAGCUACGUACCACGUAUUUUGGCCCCUCGAAAAUAAGACAAGAAAUGCAAUUUACGAGUGAAGAUGAGCUGAACUACAGAGGAGAUCAACGGA